UUGCGGCCGCCGGAGGAGCCGGAGUGAAUGAGGGCGAGGCCCCGCCCGCGGGACGUUGCUACAUUGUAACUUCCCCCCCCCCGUCGGCUCCCACGGCUGAGCGCGGCGGCGGCGGCCGGUUCGGCGGGUCCGGCCCUGAGCGCGGGGGGAGCGCAGCGUCCUCCCCGCCCCUCGCCGCGGCCUCGGGCCCGCACCCCGCCCCCUGAAACCCCGCACACGGCGAGCGGCGAGCAGAAAGAAAGGAGGCAGCGGGCAAGGGCAGGCAGCGCCGCUUCCACCGCAACACCGCCACCACCACCCCCCCCGCAGGCAGCGCCGCGGCCCCGCCGGAGCGGGAGGAACCGGGGGGGCUUUUUAAAAGAUUUUUUUUUUUUUUAAAUUUUUUUUUUAAAUUUUUAAACAUUUUUUAUUGUUUUCCGGCGCCGCGGAGGGUCCGGCCGCUGCCAGCCCGCUCCGGGGAGCGCCCCGGCCCCCACACCCCCUCCCGCUCUAUCCUCGGAGGACUCAAAGCGCAGCCGGAGUUCCCGUCGGCGGAUGGACCCGCAGCCCGGCGCCAGGAGCUGCAGCCGCGGGGCCCCCGCCUGCGAGGUGGUCCCGAACGAGCCCCCCAUGAACCUCUACAUCAACACCACCACCGGGACCCGCUAUGAGCUCUCCGUGCCCGCCGAGGAGACAGUGGAGGGGCUGAAGAGGCGCCUGUCCCAGCGGCUCAAGGUGCCCAAGGAGCGGCUGGCUCUGCUGCACAAAGAGAGCCGACUCAGUUCUGGAAAACUGCAGGAUCUGGGGGUCGUGGAAGGAAGCAAGCUGACGCUGGUGCCCACCGUGGAGGCCGGCUUGAUGUCCCAGGCAUCCAGGCCAGAACAGUCGGUGAUGCAAGCCCUGGAAAGCUUAACUGAAACUCAGGUCAAUGACUUCUUGUCAGGCCGGUCCCCGCUGACCCUGGCCCUGCGCGUGGGUGACCACAUGAUGUUCGUGCAGCUCCAGUUGGCAGCUCAGCAGAGCAGCGGGCAGCUCCAGCACCGGCACGUCAUCGCCAGCCGGGGCGAGCCAGGGGCCACCGCCAGCCCGCACUGCCGGACACUGCACGGUGGCACCGGCUCUGGCUUCACCCGCAUCCCCGUGGUGCCCGCAUCGUGCCAGCAGAGCCCAGCCCCCAGCCCCGCGCCCGCCGCGCCGGCCCCCUCCAUGUACUGUAACACCCCCCACCCCGCGCCCAUCACCGCCGGGAUGUUCCGGUCGCACGGGGCCAGCACGCAGACGGUGAACAGCAGCGUGGUCUCCUCCUGCUCAGAGGUGGACUGCGGCACCCGCAGCAGCAGCUCCCCGGGCAGCAGCCCUGCGCCCGCAGCCCGAUCCCGCAAACCCGGUGCCGUCAUCGAGAGCUUCGUCAACCACGCGCCUGGGGUCUUCUCAGGGACCUUCUCCGGCACUUUGCACCCCAACUGCCAGGACAGCAGCGGGCGGCCGCGGCGGGACAUCGGCACCAUCCUGCAGAUCCUGAACGACCUCCUCAGCGCCACGCGACACUACCAGGGCAUGCCCCAGUCCCUGACACAGCUCCGCUGCCAGACGCAGUUCUCCUCCUCCUCCUCCUCGCCACCCGCCUCCCCGGACCUCGCCACCAAAACUACCUCAGAGCCGCUGCCGGCGGCCGCAGCAUCCCCACCCCUGCACCCCGUCGUCCAGUGCCAAAGCCAGAUCCGGAUGUGCAAGCCCAGCGGGGACCGCUUGCGGCAGACGGAGAACCGGGCGACGCGCUGCAAGGUGGAGCGGCUGCAGCUGCUGAUGCAGCAGAAGCGGCUGCGCAGGAAGGCGCGCCGGGACGCGCGGGCCCCCUACCACUGGCUGCCCAACCGCAAGUCCAGCCGCACCAACAGCAACAGCAGCGUCUCCAGCGAGGGCAGCCUGGACCUGGACUUCGAGGACUCGGUGUGGAAGCCGGAGGUCAAGGCAGACAUGAAAUCCGAGUUUGUCGUAGCAUAGAGCCGUACCCCGGGGGGGGCCCCGGGGCCACGGACUCUGCCGGGGGGGGGGCUCACGCUGCCCCGGCUGGCGGUGGUGUCAUUUCUGUUGUCAUGGGCCAGAUCUCCUCUAGAUUUGCCAUCUCCUGCGACCGGAUGCCUCGGGGCCGACCCUGCCCGUGCCAGGGAAGCGUUUCAUUGUUGGCGGGGGGGGGGGUGUCUAGGGCAGCCUCACCCCCUGGCUUGGCUGGGGUUGGAGAGAUGGGGGGGUGCAGGCAGGAGCUGCUGCCCCAUCCCGUAUCCUCCCUGGCUGGGAGCAGGGGGUCCCGGCACCCGGGGGGGGGGUCCUUGGGGGAUAUCAAAGCUGCUGCUUUGCUGUGAAGAGGGACGCAGCGGGGUGGGCUCCGGCCCCCCAGCGUGUCCCCCUGCCCCUGGUGCAGGCAGGAGGAGAUGAAGUCUCUCUCGGAGGUGCUGGGGCCCCCCCGGGUUUGGGGGCCGUUUGUUUUCCUUCCCUUCUAUAUGUAGCAUUGCUCGGCUGCGGGGCUGGGCCCCCCCUGGGCCGCUGGGGGGGACGGGACACACGCGUGUGCCUGGGCGCUGCCAGCCCUGUGCCGCAGCCCGGGGGGGGGGGGGGAGGGCCGGGCCGGGGGGGGGAUCGAGGGUGGGCUUUGUUUUGGGGUGGGUUUUCACUUUGUUUUCGGAGGGGGAAGAAGCGGCGCUUCCCUCCGCGGCCGAGACCAACUCCCGAGGCGCUGGGCUCGUCCCACGGCCUCUGCGCUGGUUGGAUUUGGGUUUUUUAACUUAAAAAGAGAAGAAAACAGAUGUAAAAGUAAGGACUAAGCAAGCCCAGCGCUCGGGGCUGAUAUUUAUAGACAUUACUUACCCGACUGAGCCAAUACUGACAUAGUCUUGCAUAGGCCGUAGAAAUCCUUUUUCUUGUCCAAGUUUGAUUUUUAUUUUUUUUUUUCCUCGUCAGGAGAUCUGUGCAAAUAGAGAACCCACGUGAUGUGUUUUUUGUCUGUAAAA